AGGUCUUUUCCGGCUGAAACGGCGGGUCACUGUUUUCCCGCAAUAUUAGUAGUUCCAGAGAACGAACCACCGUAGUUAUAAUGGAUUUGAUCAUUGACUUCCUAUCGGGAGCCUCACCAUACCAUGCAGAGCUUCGAACAUUUGGCCAAGCGUUCAUGGGAGCCUUGGCCGUCCGGAGUGGGGUGAACAAGAACAAGGACUUGAAUUGGUUCCACGCUUUCGCGCUGACGACCAUUGCUGCCUUCGGUGGGGGUUGGUUUGGUUUCGUGUGGAUGGGCAAGCCGACAUCUCUGAUCACCAACGGGGAUGUCACCCUGACGCUAACCGCGAUCGCCUUUGUGCUGUUGACCUACUCGCCCAUGGACAUUGGUUACAGAUUUGGAACCUUGCUUCCCGUGAAAAUAUUGCUCAACUCUUGGGCUCAGUUAUUCCGUGGGCUUGGCAUGAUUGGCUUUAUCAAUGCAUGCGCCGCGGAAGUUGCCCCGUCGAAAUAUUACCCCACCCCUAUUUUGGGCCCGGUCGUCUACGGCACUCUUCUUGGUAACAUGGGUGCAUUCUUUCUGAAAGGAUUUCAUAAACACCUUGAGAAGGAUAUUCCAUGGGCAUUUCAAAACGGUGAGUGAGAGAAAUUCUAGAAGUGUCGAGCACGUUCGCUUCCUUCUCUGCCUUUCCUUUUCGCGGCAUUCAUCCAAGAAUAUGUCUCAUCUGUUUCGUUUCGUCGCGUAGGUUUGGUCGUUGGACUUUUUUAUCACCUUUACACCCAUGACAAGGUGGGAUCGGUGGGCGUUGCUCUGAGAUCAUUUGUGCAGUCAACCGGGAUUCAGGGAACGAUGACCGAUAAAAUGUUCGCUACCAUUGUUGUCACUGCGUUCAUGCAGGUAUCAGGAAUGAUGAUGUUGCCUGAGUUCUAUGGUCCUUCAUUCAAUCUUCUUCUGCUUCCGAAACGAAUGUUGAUGGGGACUCCGAAGACCAUCGAUAGUGCCGCAAUUGAAAAGGACCUAAUUGCCGAGGAAGAGAAAGAGCAACGCAACCAAGCUACUAAAAGUAAGAAGAAGAAGAAGAAGAAGACGAAAACAAACUAAUGAUGUUUUUGCCGUGCACGGAAGCAACACAGUAGCCACCAUGAAUGCAAUUGGCAUUCUAAACUAUUUUGAAGAUAAACAUGCUGUAAAGAUCUUCCUACAGUAGGAAAUACUAAGCGUGUGUGAAGAGAAAAAUUUAGAACAAAUUGUGAUCAUCUUUUCAAAACAUUAGAACUCUAUAGUUCGACUAAUUUAGUUUUGGCAGCAAUUUAGCUUGCAUAGUAUAUUGUGGUCAUUUGCUGCAUUUGCUGCAUUUGCCUUCUCCUUUCUCAGCUAUCAAGCUUGGUUAUGAUGUGUUUGGCAAAUGUGUAAUUUUUCUGUCAAGUGGGAUAUUCAGAUGAAGUCAAUCAUCAAAUCAAUAUUAUUAGGUGGAUUCUCGAAUGAGCCAAACACAGUGCGUGUAAAAGCCGCAGUGACGAAAAACGGUACUUACCAAUUCUAAUGAAUGGGCAUUAAGCUCUUUGAGCAGCUGUUCCUUUUCUUUCGAUUCGGGAACGACAUCCAACGUAGUUUGUACAACAUAAUUUGCGUAUGGAUCUCGAACCAUCAACAACACAAUACUGGUGCCUUCUUCGCCCUCCUCUACGACGGUGUCUGUUUUUUCGUCUACCCUCUUCAGCAUCUCGCGCACAAUUGAUUUGCGCUGGUCUUCGUUUCCGUACUUCAGUAAUUUUUCGAUUACAUUACUCGCAAAUUUCUGUCGUGACAAUUUCAACAAACCGUUACCCACAACCAUUUCUAGUACCAUAUCUCGAUCCUGGACGCGACCGAACUGAAGAACAUGUUGAAUGACGUAAUUUCCGUAUUGGUCAUCGAAAAGAACUCGAAGACAUUUGCUUAUAUUCUCUAACGUUGCGCUUUUUUGCCUUUCGAUGCAGUGCUCAAGUAUUCGUUGUAGCACUCUGCACCCGUAAGGAUGACAAGCGAGCGUCGCAAGGUUGUCUAAUACGUCGUCAACAAUGAAAUCAAUUUGUUCGCCAAAAAACGUUGCUUUCGUCUCUUCGCCCUCUUCUUGAGCCGCUUUCGCAUUGCGACUCAACACUUCAAUGCAUUUUUGAAUAACAUGGUUUCCAUUUUGAUCAUGUAUGAGGCUAAGUACGUUGUUCUGGAAUUCUGAAAGCAAUUUGGGCAAAUCGGAUUCAUCAACACUCUCAAAGGCCUUUUGAACCACUCGACAUCUAUAACAAACAAAAACGUGGUUCGUUUCUUAGUUUCCGUACACAUAGAGAGAUAUACAUUGAAUGAGAUGAGCAGUCGAUUAGUGAGAUAACUUACCCGUACAUUUGCAUCGAAAGUUGUACCAUUUCUCCAAUCAUAGUGUCGCAUAAGUCUUCCUUCAUUCUGUUGGUUCCAAAGCUCAAAAGUUUCUGGACUACAUAAUUUCCGAAUACAUCAUUCCGCAGUCGAAUCACCUCUGGUAGGACCUCGGUCACAACAAUAUCUUUUUCACUUGCAUCUCCAAUUUCUAACCUUUGUUGAAUGAAUCGAGAACCGUUUUGGUCCUGACAAAACUCAACGACAUGCCCCUUCACAUCACUAACUGUCCAAUCACGAUUAUUCUUCUUAGAUUUGAAAUCUUCCAACAAUGUCUGAUUCGAGUUACUGUGGUGCGACGUUGCUGAGGGCUUGGUCUCUCCACCACUACCAUUUGAUACUCCACUAUUUCGACUACCACUAUUUCGUCGACCUUUUCCACUUUUAUCUUUUCCACGGCCUCCUUGCGAUGACGUUAUGCCUUGGCGUUGUUUGUGUUUGUGUUGGUGUUGAUGUUGUGUUUCUGGGGCUUUCAUCCGUACUACACCGGGCCUCAUGAUGGCCACCGUUUGAGUACCAUCUUGAUGCCCACCAGGAGGUUGCCAGUAUGUAUAUGAUCCCCUCGAAUCAACAUUUUGUACAUGUCCAGGCGGUCCACCCCCUUGCACAGGAACAACCGAUAUGUAUUGCUGAUUAGGUGGUGGCGGAGGGACGCUACUGGGUACAGCUUGAUGUACAAUAUGAUGCCGUUGCGGAUGUGGAUGCUGAUGAUAUUGUAUUGUCGCAUAGCUAUACUGGGCAGGAGGUGGAGAUGCAGCGUUAAGGUAUAUAGUGUGACCAGAAGGAAGAACUUGGGGUUGGACGUGUGCUGGCAUUGGCUGCGAUUGAGAAGGGCUACCGUAUCGGCCUUCUGGUGGGUGUUGUCCAGGAUUGAGGGGUUGUGGUCUAGUUGGUCGAGGAUGAUACGCUACUGGUGCAUAGACAGAGCUUUGGACAUUGUCUUCUCCCUGCAUCCUAUCAAUAGGAUCA